AUGGUUUCGUCCGCAACCACCCUCAUUACUUUUAUGCUUCGCACCCCGUCAAACACUCAUUCUGUCAAAUUACUUGGAUCAUGGGACAAUUUUACAAAAGAAUAUAUUAUGGAACGGGAUGCUCGAACCGGAGCCGAUCACUGGAGGGGCUGCCAUGUAUUUACGAAUAUAAUAUGCGACGGCAAUCUGAACACCUCGCAGCCCGGUCGGGAUGGCGGAUUGAAAAUGGGUGGCACAUAUUGGUAUUACUAUCGUCUGGACGGGGAUGUUGACCAUUACAAUGAAGCUGAGCCGUGGACAACAUCCUGCCCCUUUCUUCCUGGACAACCGAUAAAUAUUCUCAACGUUCCUAUUCAUCUCCCUUCGGUCAACGCACGCCAUAACCGUGAAAGCAGCGUGGCUUCGCAAGUCUCGAUACACCAGACUAUGAACCCAGAUGACAAAUUUUUAAACCCCCGGCCUCCCCCUAGACCAAAGCUGCCUCGUCUUCUUACCUCUGCGGACGCGAGCCGUGGUCGAGAGGCAAUGACCUCACCUGUAUCUACGUCACCCACACAUCAAGUUCCGGGUCGAAGCUUAUCACAUCCUCGUGACGUGCCACCAGCGCGAAGAUUUCGCGCACCUGUAAAAUUAACGGUAGAUGUUAAUCCUCCAAGCGCGUCUUCGUCCAAAGGCAAUGCUCUCCGAACCGCGAUAUUCAACUUCACAACGCCUCGCUCUGGUGGAAAAGACGUUGAAUCCGAUCCGAAUUGGCGACUGAAAGAUAGGGAAGCUAACCUCGAUGGCAUUAGAGGGAGAAGUCCUCGAAGCAAUGUCGUUCGUGAAGCAGGGCCUACCACUAAAAAUUUACAAGUACCCGUCGAAAUAUACGCUGUGGAACGACGACUUAGAUCACCGUCUGAAAGCAGAUAUCGAUCCGAUCGCCAAAAUCGAAGCAGAUCCCCCUUUAGGAGCCCAGUGAAGAUAGACAUCCAUCCUGAGCCUGCCAUGCAGGCUGAUUCAGAAGCUGCGUCCAGCGAACAAGCUGAUGGCCACGAUAUUCCAUCGUGGACUGUGCCAAACAGGUUAGAAGCUGGGAGCGUAAUUGAUUUAAACGAGAAACGACUACCUACGCUUCCCAAUAGCCCUUCUUCUGUUCUUGAUGAAGAACUAGAGAGGAUGGGUGUUUCGCGCUCUCCCCUUGAUGUCGAUGUUUUACGGAGUCAUUUCUCUGUAUCUACUGCCGCAUCUUCACAUCCGUCCUCAGGCCCUUUUCUACAACCGAGCGCAAGUCGCUUUUCGGAUUGCAGCACUGAUACCGAUGCGUUAUCCCCAGCUUCAAUGAUAUCUAACUCAACCUUUAAUAAUGAUACCUCCUCCAGCGCUACCAGCGAACAUGCCACUUGCUCAUCCAGCGACUCCCCUUAUACUAAAGCUGUCGGUCCUCGAAUUGCUGAUGCUCAGGCGGUUCCUCGGGCUGACGAAUGCGUUGACUCUCACCCUUCUACGCCUGUUACUUCGGGCUCACCUCUAGAUAUACGAAUUUCAGGACUGCAUAUAAUAAAGAAACCACGGACUGCAAACGGUCCUCCAAUAGAAUCGGAAAACGCCCCACAUGAUGUACAUAUCAUAGGCACUUCAUUUCCACCACCAUUAACCAAUGAAUAUAAACAAGGCACGGACGAACAGAACAUACAGUUACCCCCACUUGAUGUACAGACUAUGAUGCAAGAAAUAAUGGAUGAGUUGAGUUAUCUAGGGAGUAUGAUUAAUAUUACCGGGCCAGAUAACAAAUCAUUCUAG